AGCAGCGUCAGCGUGGACGCCAGGCGCGGUCGGCGCCCAGGUUCCCAGCGGCCAGCGGCCAGGACGCCGGGCGGCCAGGGGACAGCCGGACAGGCCGACAGGGGCUCAGGGCCGGCGUCGCUCUCAAAUACUCCGUACAGAUAAAACUUACGCACAUAACCAGGGGGCGCAGCUCGGCGCCCAGGUUCCCAGGGCGCUGGGGGCAGGCCGCAGGCUGGCAGGCAGGGACGGGCGGCCGGGCGCAAGGAGAAGAAGACAGCCAGAGCUAGAUCCAGUGAACUAAGGUUUGAACUAUGAAAAGGAAGAGGGGUGGCAGUGCCGCUACUGAUUUGAGAUCGUUCUUGCAAAGAGCUGCUGCAAAGAAGAAACCUCCUGAGGCAGAGGUUGUUAGUCCACCUACUAAUGAAAAUCAAAUGCAGAUAGUAGUAUUUCAAGGACAGAGUACCAGUGGGAGUGGGAGAAACACCAUACCUCUUGAAGCAGAGAGAGAUGAGCAGCAGCAGCCACCAGCUAAUCCCUCAAUAAUUGAAGAUGAUGAAUCCAUGCCUAUAGAUGAAUCUGACUCCGGCGAUGAAGAUGAUAGUAAUUAUAAUAUAGAGCAUGAUCCGGGAUUGAGGCCUCCUAUCUCAAGCUAUCCUGUAAAUGACAAAGAUUCGGUUAGAAGGUCAUACAUUGCAUUGGGACCAUGUCAACCAAGAAUGAAGAGAGAAUUAUUUCCUCAACAUGAAUGUGGAGGUAUGCGCCGAUUCCAACCUAAAUGGUUUGAUGAAUUCAAGUGGCUAGAGUAUAGUAUGCAUACAGGUGCUGCAUAUUGCUUUGUUUGCUACUUGUUCAAGGAUAGUAGCAAAUAUCCUGGUGGAGAUGCUUUUGUUAAUGAAGGUUUUCGAAAUUGGAAUAUGAAAUGCAGAAUUCGUAGGCAUGUUGGUGCUAUCAAUAGUGCUCACAAUGAAGCUGAGGAGAAAUAUAAUUUGUUCAUGAAACCUAGGACUUCAAUUUGCGAGUCUAUAGGCUCAAACAGUGCAGAUUUCAAGGCUCAGUAUCUAGCUCGUUUGACAUGGUCACUAAAGUGCAUAAGGUAUCUUUUGCGUCAAGGGUUAGCUUUUCGUGGUCAUAAUGAGGGAAAGGAUUCAAACAAUCAAGGGAACUUCAGGGAACUUUUGGCUUUGCUGGCAGGGAAUUUUGAAGAAGUUAAUAUGGUGGUUCUUGAAAAUGCUCCACACAAUUGCCAGAUGAUUGACCACAAGAUUCAGAAACAACUUAUUGCUGCUUGUGCUCAUGAAACAACCAAAUUUAUUAUAGAGGAACUUGGUGAUGAAUGCUUUGCCAUUCUUGCUGAUGAGUCUAGUGAUGCCUACCAACAGGAACAAUUGGCUCUUUGCUUGCGUUAUGUCAAUAAAAAUGGAGAACCUGUUGAGCGGUUUCUUGGUCUUGUGCAUGUUGAAGAUACUACAUCAUUGACUCUUAAACAAGCAAUUCAGUCGUUACUUAUCAAAUAUCAGUUGCCUUUAUCCAAGAUACGUGGUCAAGGGUAUGAUGGAGCUAGUAAUAUGAAAGGUCAUGUCAAUGGUUUGAAGAAAUUAAUUAUGGAAGAGUCCCCUUUUGCAUAUUAUGUUCAUUGCUUCGCCCAUCAACUUCAGCUAACCCUUGUAGCUGUAGCUAAAGAGAAUAUUGAUUGUCAAUGGUUUUUUGGGCAACUUGCAUAUUUGUUGAAUGUUCUAGACAUGUCUUGCAAGAAAAUCCGCAUGCUUCGCAUAGCUCAAGCUGAAUACAUGAUUGAAGCACUGAAAUUGGGUGAAAUUGAAACUGGCCAAGGAUUGAAUCAAGAGAUGGGCUUAGCAAGACCAGGUGAUACACGUUGGGGAUCUCAUUAUAGAACUGUUAUGCAUGUGAUUCAUUUGUAUCCUUCAAUCAAGAAAGUGCUUUUUAGAGUUGGGAAAGAAGGUAAAGGGGUUGAGGCAUUAGGAGCUCAAACUAUGCUCAGAGUAUUUACCUCAUUUGAGUUUAUUUUUCUGCUCCACAUGAUGAAUGAAAUAUUUGGAUACACAAAUGACUUAUGCAAUGCUUUGCAAAAGAGGGAGCAAGAUAUUGUAAAUGCAAUGGAUCUUAUUGAGCUCACAAAGGUGGAAUUGGAUGUUUUGAGAAGAGAUGCUGGAUGGGAAGAAUUUCUUAAGAAUGUCACUUCUUUCUGUGAGAAGCACAAAGUUAAAGUUGUUGAUAUGGAUGGAAAGUAUAUUCCUAUUCAAAGAUCAGCUAAGUUCUAUAGAGGUGCCACAAAUUACCACAGGUUUCAUGCUGAUAUGUUUUUGGGUGUCAUUGAUAGGCAACUUCAGGAGCUGAAUAGCAGGUUUGAUGAGGUAAACACAGAGCUACUUAGAUGUAUGGCAGCAUUCAAUCCAGCUAAUUCUUUUUCUGCCUUUGAUAAUGAGAAGUUGGUUAAGCUUGCUGGGUUCUAUCCUCAUGACUUUGAUUUUCAAGAGAGGAACCAACUUCGUUUUCAACUACACAACUAUAUUAAUGAUGUGAGGAAUGAUGAGAACUUCAAAAAUUUGAGAAGUCUAGCAGACUUGUCUAUGAUGCUAGUUAAAAGAGAUAUGAUUUCUCAGUAUGACAUUGUGUACAAACUUCUCAAAUUGGUUCUAGUUCUUCCUGUUGCAACUGCUGGUGUUGAGAGGAUUUUUUCUGCAAUGAACACUAUCAAAAACAAGUUAAGAAGCAAGAUGGGAUAG